CACGCGGGGUAACGGUGUCGGCAUGAACUAAGAUAAUACAUAUUAUUAUUUAUUAUCUUAGUUCAUAUAUUCUGUGGUUUGUGCUUUAGUAGCCUUUAUAGGCCCUGUUGUGUGUACGACUACCGCAGUACCGCAAGUCGCAACACUCUGUAGCACUGAAUAGAUUAGUCUCAUGCUCUCAACUCUCCAUAGUAUAAACUAUUUACCUGAAUGAUUCCUGAAUACUGAUACUCGCAUGCCACUGCCUUUGCCAAUCCAAUGGCCUAUGAUUGUGAGAAACGGUUAUUGAAACAAUUUCUGGAUGGGAUUGAAACAAAUGAACUAUGCAAAAUCGUCCGAUCCAUCUACCAUGGUGGUGGAAUAUCUGUGAAUACCAGAGAAGAUGCUGAAUUGUUUUUAUUGUCUCAACCUACUGUGCGGGUAUUAUCCAAUAAAAAAGUACAAAUAACUACGUUGUUGAAGUUUUUAAUUUCAAAAGGUUUAAUACCUUCUACUGAUAUGACUAAAGCAGAUUUGUGUUUGGCUUUUAAGUCAUUAAUCGAAAGUCAGCCAGAUUAUAUCAGACCGCCAGUACAACCUAUCCAAAUGUCUGCCCCUAAUAAUAUGCUUGAAGUUUCUCAGAAUAACAAUAUGAUGCAUACUCAACCAUAUCAAGCAGCUGUCCAACUGAUGCCUAUGCCAACACCAAUUAUUAGUGCACUAGAACCCAGUACAAAAUCUCGAAAAGAUCAUGAUAAUGAAUUACUAGAAAAAUUUAUUGAAAUGUUUGCAAAAAAUUUUUAUGAUUUAUUAAAUGAUCUUGGUAAUCCAGGAAAAAAUCAACUGAACUGUUGUCAUUUUUAUGAAAAUUGUACAAUGUCAUUGAAAGUUCUUGGUGGCAAAGAUGAAAUCUACGAGACUUGUGAAGAUUCUACAUCUACAUUGCAGUGUUUAUUAGGUAUCAAAAAAAAUCACUUGCUCUUUUUUUCACCACAUUUAAGUGAUGUUAAAUGGAAAAAAGAAUCACACGGUUUAGUAAAGGUGCAUAUUGGCGGCACACUUCAUCAAGGUGUUGGAAGAAUUGUUGGAAUGUUUGAACAGCAAUUCAUACUUAGAGAAGAUCCUCAAGCAGAAAACACGUGGAAAAUUCUUAACACAAAUUUUAUGAUGAAAAGUAUGGACUUAAUAACAGGAACUACUUUAAGAAUACAAGGACCUCAUCAAACAAAUAAUUUACAAAUUGAUAAUGUUUAAUGGUGCCAUCAGUAUAUUAGGUAAAUGACUUGCUUGGACAAAGUUUUGAUUGUAUUCUUUACUCAGAUUUGAAUAAUGCAAUUAUAUGAAAAUAUGUAACAUUAUUAACAAUUUUUAUUAUAUAUAAUAUAAUCUUAUACAGUGAUA